AUGGCUUCUUUCCAGGACCGUGCCCAGCACGCUGUUGCCCAGCUCGACAAGGAGCUCUCCAAGUACCCGGUUCUGAACAACCUGGAGCGCCAGACCAACGUCCCCAAGGUCUACGUCAUCCUGGGUCUGGUCGGCGUCUACUUCUUCCUCGUUUUCUUCAACAUCGCUGGCGAGUUCCUCGUUAACUUCGCCGGUUUCCUCCUCCCCGGUUACUACUCGCUCCAGGCCCUCUUCACUUCGGGCACCGCGGAUGACACUCAGUGGUUGACUUACUGGGUCGUCUUUUCUUUCCUGACCGUCAUCGAGAGCGCCAUCAGCGCCGCCUACUGGUUCCCCUUCUACUACAUCUUCAAGUUCGUCCUGAUCCUCUGGAUGGCUCUUCCCCAGACCAGCGGUGCUCAAAUCGUCUUCCACUCUUUCCUCCAGCCCGUUGCUGGCCGCUUCUUCUCCAGCACCGGUACCUCCACCAACCUCCGCGCUCAGGCCGAGGCUGCUGCCAAGUCCCAGUAA